AGAAUCCAUACCCGACGGAGCCUGAGAAGAAAGUGAUGGCACAGCAAACAAACCUGACAAUGCAGCAAAUAGAUUACUGGUUUGUGAACGCACGCCGUCGCCUCGUGCAGCCGAUGCGCGAGCAGGCGGCACGUGAGGGCAAGAAGCUGGUGUACGUGGACAUGGUGCGCAACCGUCGCCGCAUCACGCGCAUCAGCAGCCCACCGAGCGCCCUUGCACGUUCGCAGCAGCAAGCUCCGCCGCCGUUGCCGUUGCACGUGUUUCCUGACGGAGCAACAUCGGCGGCCGGAAUAGCUCAGGGCAUGCCGAACCAGUACGCCAUGACGGAGUAUCCACCUGGGUCCGUACCCACCAUGCAACCAAUCGUCUUGCAGCACCAGCAACAGCAGCAGCAUCAACACCACCACCAGCAACAGCAGCAACAUCAUCAGUCAGUGCCGUUCCCGGCCCACCACCACCACCAGCACCACCACCAGCAGCAGCAACAGCAACGCCAUGAUUCUCCGCAGUACCCCGACCAGCAGCAUCGCCAAGGGAUGGCACCACCGGCCUGGUACGGAGGUCAAGACGAGUACGGACACGACAUGGACCAGCAUGAUCUAUACGAACAGCACCAGCAGUCACACGACGAAGAGCCGUUGCUAGACGUCGACGACUCGCCGUCUAUGAGAUCCCAAAGUCCGCUCGGACCGACACAUAGUCAUGAUAGUGGAGAUAGUGCUCAGUGAGAGGUGUAAGGAAUGCAGGCACGUUACACACACUAUGUUCCCUCAGUGAGAGGUGGAAGGAAUUCAGGCACAUUACACACACUGUGUUUCAGCGUUCAGGAUUGCGUGGACAUGCGCUUCACCGGUAGUUAGAGAGUGUUCAUCGGAAGUGUUGUGCGUCCGUGUUGGCUCAGUGUGUGAAGAAUUUUUACGUUGCAAACACGUCAUCUGCACUGUACGGUAGUGAUUCCGUGAAGAUCGUGUGUAUUGUGCGUGGCAUCCAGUUCUUCUCAGACCAGAGGCGAAGGAACAAUCAUUUGAGAACUCCGCAUACCCGUCACAAUGCAGUGUGGCUAUAUGUUCAGCAGGUGGGUGAAAGCCGGACGAUCUACGUGUGUGUGUGUGUGUGUGUGUGUGUGUGUGUGUGUGUGUGUGUGUGUGUGUGUGUGUGUGUGUGUGCAUGUGUGUGUGUGUGUGGCUUGAUGAUGCCAUUCGAAUUACAACUGAACGUUUGUCUGCACUACUUCAAGUGCAAUUAUCACAGUCUAUUUUACUUUGAUUGGAGCUGGUCGGAUCUCCUCACCCCCGCUGCCGCUGUGCUCUCAUCACUACACAUCUUUAUGUCUGAAGGUUUUUUGUGUUUUUUUUUGACGAUAAAAAUAAAAUUAAAAUGAUCCGUUGGUAACCAGCAAGUCCUGCAUUUCAUCAUUUUUUUCUUUCACCCAAAUAUCCAUGCUACAAUUUCCCCGGUUUAUGCGGCAUAGCACCCUGGUCUUCAUGUGUUGCAUGUCAAUGUAUUCAGUCGCCGCCGCCGAUAUAUUUGCCGCCGCCGAAUUCUACUCCGAAGCAUUCUGCUUCUCCAUCCCCCGCAUGUAUUGACCUGCUGCAGCUUGUGAUUGCUGUUCACAUUAGUGUAGUGAGUGAACAGCUGCAGUCUAUGAGCGGAAAUGUUGCAGUGCUUCGAUAUGCCUUCACGCCGACUAAUCCUCCUCUCUUUGGUCACAUUCCAGCUGUGCAGAUUAUUGUAAAUUUCAUCUGCUGGCGUACUGUUUUUAUCUCCCCCCCCCCCCCCCCCCCGACUGUAUUUCUGGCGCCCUGCCUAUAUCCCAUUGCAUAGCGGUGUAACACUGCCCGUCCACGUAGAAAGUCUCCAGGCCUAGCCGAAUUCUUCAAAUCAUACACAUACGCACACUCAUGUGCCGGCACAUACUCCUACUCGUACAUGACAGAUGAUAUACUCGUUCACGACCCCGCACGCGGCUUUCUGGCAAAGCCGAUAUUCUUAGGUUUACUGAUCAUGUUUCAACCUCCGUAUCUGCAAACGUUUUUCGACUGGUGAUGAAUUCGUAGCAGCAUUGAGGGCA